AGCAUCUACAGUAUCGUCCUCAUUUAUGUGGUUUCAUAGGGACAUCCGUCGUUUUAUUUUAAUACUGAAAAGCAAAGAAGACAGGUUUAUGCAUUUCUACACUGUGACAGAUCCUUCUAUGUUUCAUAUUCGACAUUUUCUAUAUCAAAACAGAGAGAAAGUACACAUUAGCCAGUCAUGCAGAGUGCUAGUUUAGAAUAUUUGCUCGUUUUUUCUUCUUGGCCUUUAUUUGAAGGUUAUGAAUAGAGUGAUCAAUUGAUAUAUUCUAAUAUUGCAUUUAGUAGAAAUGAACAAUUUUUAAAUUUUCAAGAAGAUUCUAAUUUGGUUCUCAUGUUUGUUUAAUGUCUCUAGGGAAUCUUUAGACUUAGUCUAUUGUUGUGUGCAUGACAACUCUAUAUUCCUUUUUUUUUAGUAGGAUCCCUUUACUCAAGUCCUUUUGAGUUUCAUAAAAUUGGAAUUUCAGUAUACAAUCCUGACAUUUAGGGUUUAAGUCAUCAAUAAAAGUAGUUCAGGAGUAUGGUUGAAAUUGAAAAUUUAAAAAAUAUAUCUGAAACAAAAGUACUAAUAGUGCUAACGAAAAAUUGGCCAUCGGAGAAUUUUUCAAAAGUUUAAAGAUCUCUACUUACGAGUUUUGAUUUCAUACAUUUGUUCUUUGAUUUAUUGUUAUGUAUUUUUGGUACUUAGUAAAAUGAUAUUUGAACUUUUAGUCUCAAGAUAAGUAUUUAUGUCUUUAUCUUUAUGUCAAUUACUCGCUGUUUGAAUAUACUUAUAAUAUUUAACAAUUUAAAAAGAAUAAGAAAAUUUAGCAAGCAAUCUAGAAGAUAGAAUACAAUGUAAAUCAAAGCUAUUAUUUUAAUCUUAUUUAGAGCAUAGUAUAAAAUGAUGUUCUUUGUAUGCUACAAUAGCAACCUAGAACACCCUCCAUUAAAGAUGGAAGAAGUGAAACUCCAUGGGAUGUGGGCAAGUCCUUUUGUUUACAGAGUGAAAUGGGGUUUGGAGCUUAAGGGUAUACCUUACGAAUACGUGGAAGAAGACAUUGCUAACAAAACUUCAUUGUUGCUUCACUACAAUCCUAUUCACAAGAAGGUUCCUGUGCUUGUCCAUGGUGGAAAACCAGUGUGUGAGUCCAUCAUCAUCCUCGAAUACAUCGAUGAAAUAUGGCCUCAAUAUCCUCUCUUUCCUGUCCAUCCUUUUGAUAGAGCAGCAACUCGCUUUUGGAUUAAAUAUGCUGACAAUAAGUUGUUUGGAAGUCGGCUUCUGUUCGGUUCCAGCAGCAGCGAAGAAGAGGAAAAGGCUAAGGCGGAGGGUCUCGAAUUCCUGAGAACAAUCGAAGAACAAUGCCUUGGCGACAAGAAAUUCUUCGCCGGAGAGGAGAUCGGCGCCUUGGAUUUGGCGUUCGGAGGAAUAGCGCACUGGCUACCAGUUCUUGAACAAAUUACAGGAACCAAACUUCUGAACGCCGAUCAGUUCCCUCGCUUGUACGCUUGGACCCAAAACUUCAAGGAAUCUGCUGUCAUCAGAGAUAACCUGCCGGACGCCCAGAAGUUGGCCGCGCUUUACAACGCCCUGCGCCACAAGCAGCUGCGAUCUGCUGCAGAGUAACCGAUCUUCAUAGAUGUCUGAUUUGGAUCCUAAUUCUAUUCGAAAAUAUGUUCUUGUGGGUUGAAAUUUCUGGAAAAACUAUAAAAAUAAAAGAUUCAAAUAAAUUGUUUAAAUUAAUAUAAACAAACAUUUCUGCUUCUUCAAAUAAGUUAUACUAUAUUUCUGCUGGGUGAAAUAUACCCACUCAAAUACUAGGUUGCAAACAGAAGCUAUAAACUUAAGAAUGUACGAAUUAUGACAUACAGAUUGACAUGACAAAGGUGUUAAGAAUUUGAAGAUGUGUAUGAACUAUGAACAAAACGUGAUGGCAGAUGAUGGUCUUUGCUUGUAAGGCAUUAAGCAAUGACAUUUCAAGACACUCAGUCACCAGAUUUUCGCCAUUGAUUGAUUCGAUUCAGCUUGUCAAGGAGAGUAGAAGCUUUUGUUGCAAUCCUGUUAAUGUUGUUUGUUUUCUCAAAGAAAAACAAAAAACAAAG